AAUCAAGAUGGCAAAUGUAUUGUCAAAAAUGCAGUAUUAUGAUGUCACUCUAGGAAAGAGUUGACCUGGGAAAUUAAAUAAUCCUCAAAAAAAAAGCAGAUUCUUACAAACAGUCACUAAUCAAAAGAACUAAUUCCCAUUGCCAAAACCUAAAAGAUUGGGUCUGUCACCAUCAUCUGACUGUUUUAAGAAAUGAUGUUAGGUCUUAGCACAUACAAUACAUUUUCUCUAAAAAUGGGUUUUGAAGUUGAUGUAAAAUGGGAGAUAUCUAUGGACUCAAUCUCACAACCACUUCCUCUUGCUGAUGGUUCAACUGAAGCCCGUGGAUUUCAAUGGCAGUAAGUACAGGGAGUAGCGUGAGCUCAAGAAUGCUUGCAAGUUGAUCUUAAUCUAAAAUUAGCAUUUCUGGGAUGCCAGUGUUCCUAAAGGUAUUACAAGUAUUCUUUCUGACAUUAAAAAUACAGUAAAACAGAUAAAGAGAAUGGAUUUACUGUGUUUUACAUCUGUCCAUCAAAUCUUGAACAUCAGUGUAAUAACAUCCCAUACAACAAAAUGAGCUGAAAAGACAAUAUAUGCACCGAAGUCUGCAGUUGUGAGACUAAGGCAUUUAGCCCCAUCUGUUGUUAUGCACUGAGUAAAAUGGGAGAGGAUUUCUAGCAAUGCAGCAACACUGCACAUAGAUAUAUGACAUUUAAAACAGUGCACAGUUUGCUGGAGGAACAAAGUGGGUUUGUUAUUGUCUCAUUCUGAGGUCUGAAAGCUGAACUGGGAGAUAGUAGUUUGGAAGAAAAAAUAAUUUUCUGUGUUCUAUACCUGAAUUUUGAAACUACCUGUGAGUUUUUCCUCAUACUUUCUUUUUGAAUUAAACUUUCAAUUUACUUCUCCUGCACAUCAGAAAAUAGAACGGUCAUCAUGUGUGGAAUGGCAAGGUUUUCUAUGAGACAGAGGGCCAACUAUUGCAUAUAUCAACCUGAGUAAUGAAUCCAUUCAGCAAAAAGAAUAAAUAAUAAUCAUAAAUGACUGGCUGAUUCAAUAGACAUUGAAGUUAACUCUGUUUGCUGUCAAUAGUCAGUGGAUCAUGACUAUGAUCCUGAACAUUUCCAUUUCCAAAUGCAUGCUUUUACCUUGAAUGAAAUAACUUAGAUUACAUCUUACUAACAAUCCAUUAUAUUAUACAAAUGUUUUUAUGUUUUUAACAGCUUUAGCAAUUAAUUUCAUGUAUGUGUACAUAUGUGUGGUAUGAUUUCAAAUGCAUUAUAUUGAAACUCCAUCAAUCUACUUUUUUUUUUCUUUCCCAUUUAAUAUUAUAUACAUUUUGGUCUCAUUUUUGAAAAAGUAAUCAGAAUUUUAAAACAUCAAACUAUUACUUCAUGAUAUUACCUGUAUAGAUAUUCCUCUACCAUUUUUUAGUUCAAUGUUUUUGUAAAUGUUCUUGGUAUUUUGUGAUAUAUUGUAACAGCAUUCUGGGGAAAAACAAACAAACAAACAAACAAGCAAACCCAACUCCCUACUUCUGAAAAUGUGUGAUAACUGCAAUUCUCCAGGGAUGAAAUAUGUGCGUAGAAAUACUUUUUUUAUGAAAUAGAGAAAGAAGUACCAAA